AUGGACGAAAAAUUGCUGGAUUUAAGGUCUCAACUUGGGUUUUACAAGUUUUAUCACCAUGACCCUAAAAACGUAUUGAUCCACGCCAUAUUUGUUCCCACCAUCCUCUUCAGUAGUUUAAGUAUGCUUCAUAGAAUUAAGCUAUAUCAUGGCAUUUCAUUGACUGCUUUGAUAAGUGUUUUAUUCUUCAUAUUCUAUUGUCUUUUAUAUUUGCCCACUGGACUUUUAGCAGGGUUUUUUUUGCUUUCAUUAAAUCUUGCCCUAGUCGAUCACAGAAUUCAUUUAUCAUUCAAACAGGAACUAAGUUUGUUUGUGAUUGGAUGGAUUUUCCAGUUUGUUGGCCAUGGCGUCUUUGAGAAAAAGAGACCAGCUUUGAUGGACAAUUUGGUUCAGAGCUUGGUACUAGCACCGUAUUUCAUAAUGUUCGAGUUUCUUUUCAAAAUAGGUUGCAUGCCUCAACUAAAGGCCAACCUGGAACAUGAUCUUGAAGUCAAACAAAAGGAUUUGGAAAACUCACGCAAUAAAAAUGAGUGA